AUGAUGAAUGUAAGGCAGAACAGCAAGUCAGCCAAUGCAUGUACAAAAGAGAUUGAGGAGCUUACGAAAUCUCUGGAAAAUGCUUACAUUUCGGAUGGAUGUACACCCGAACUAGCAUCAAAAUAUGCAACCCAAACAGCGGUAAAGGCAAUGGCGAAGAACUGCACCAUUGAUAAAGUCAAAUUAAUAAUGGAAGCAGGACAGUUUAAUACUUUGGAUGAAGCAGUGUCAAAAUUUGUAAAUAGCUGUACGGAAUCUACAGGCAGCACAAAUACAAUAUUAUUUACAAGAAACAGAGGAUAUCGCGGAAGUCGCGGAUAUUAUCGUGGACGUGGUAAUUCCCGAAGAGCUAAUACCAACUACAACAACUAUAACAGCAACAACGGAAAUAACUUCAAUAGGAGAUAUAAUAAUAAUUACCGUAGAAGAGGUGUCAGUAAUUCCUUUAAUAAUAGAAAUAAUGAUGGAAGGAAUGUUAGAAUGACCCUUACGGAAAACGAGGUAACCCCCGAUACUCAAUAG